AUGGUUCCACGUAUUCUCACCAUCAGCAAAUCUCCGCUCCAAGUACGCACCUCCAUCGGCCGCUUGUCGACCUGUCGUAGGCCAUGGAGACUCUUGCUGCGUCUAUUAUGGCCGCUCCCAUGGCACUUUCGAUUAGAAGCUCGACCCACUGUGGCAGAGCUCGAGCGAGAUGGGGGAAUGCUACAAGAUUCACAGCAGCCAGGCAUCAUGCAACUCCGCCGCAUCCCCCUCUUCCGAAUGCGAGACACACCGCUACGCUCACUCUAUCGUCUCUAUGAAGAUCUCUGCUCGGCUGAGCUGAUCAUGAUGGGAUACGAGUGCGAUUACUUUUUCUUCCACAACGAACAUUCCUGGCGACUCUGCCAAAUGCCGGAUCCAAAAGAGCCAGAUCCGAUCACCUAUGCCAUCCUUGCGAGUAUGGUCGAGGCUCUGGUUGACGCGUUCAACUGGCGUCUGGAACUUGGACUUCGGCGGGAUAAAUCGAUGGAUGAAUCCGAGCACAGACACACCAAUUUCAACCGUGAAGAAGCUCCAAGCUGGACCGCGGCCGUACCUCCUCUUCCUGAGACAUUACACCUCGACAAAGUCGAGACGGGAACCCUGGACGCGUCCUUCUUAAAGAGAAAUAUCAGGGCUCCAAAGGGGUAUCUAUAUACUGUGUGA